ACGCAAUUGGUAGCGCAGCCGGCGCAGCAAAGACAGGUGAAAACGGGUGCAAAACUCGUCGGAAUCCAGGAAUGUCCUUCAAGGAUGUGCGAGAUCUGGGGGAACAUCUCAAGCUGUUGGGUUUUCCGCGGGUAUUUCCGCUGCAAUCCCUGGCCAAUCCGCACGGCAGCCUGGCCAGUUUCCACAUAGUCGCCGAGCUGCUCCAAUGGCUGGCCGGCCUAAUGGAGCCGGGCGCCCAUUUGCCCGGCGGCGUGGAGUCCGAGGAGCAGCGGAUUCUACUCGUCCGUUCGGCCACGGAAUUCUUUGUGACCAAGGCGGCCAUUCGCCUCAAUCCCCGGAAGCUGUAUGCAGCCGCUUCGGUCACGGCAGCGGAACUUCAGAAGGUAACCCGACUACUGACCGCCCUGGGCCAAAAUGAUGCCGAUCGCGACGAGGACGAGCACAGGGAGCAGUACGGGAGUCUGAAUCCCGUCGAUAUUGGCGAUAAAAUGGAGGACUUGCGCAAGGCUCGAGAAUUGGCAGCAGACCUGGCGCAGCGGGGCACAACCAUCUACGAGCUGCUCUCGCAGGAGCUGCUGGACAAGGAGGCGCGUCUGUCGCUGGCCCACAAGCCCCUGGAACUGCUCAGCGUGGAGAGGACGCUGAAGAAUGCCAUCCAGGCCAGCCAGGUGCGAUUGCAGUCCGGCCGCGCCCAACUGGAGGCGUCCAAGGUCGAGCUGAAUGCAUUGGGCUCCAAGCUGCAACGACGACGGGCGGAGCUCGAGCGGACCCGCCAAAGAUUGGAGGCCCUGCAUCGCAUACGGCCGGCGCACAUGGCCGAGUUCGAGGAGUGCGAGAAGGAGCUGCAGCAGCUCUUUCAGCGCUAUUUCCUUCGGCUGCAUGUCCGGGAUGCGCUGAAGUCACAGCUGGAGUUGCGCACCAAACGGGCCACGCCCAUUGCCUCGCCCCUGCUGCAGAAGCCGGCGGAGACCUCCAUGCCCUUCAUUCCGGAUGGACUCAUCGAGGACGAUGAUGACGACGACGACGGCGAUGACGACGAUGACCAGGACGACGACCAGGACGAUGAUAACCUGGAUGACGAGGGCCAAGGUCAUGACGAUGGCGGCGUCGAGGUCUCCGGCCUCGAAAUGGUAGUAAAUGGACGCAGUGUGUUCGGCCUGGACUCGGAAAUACCGGACAUACGGGACGAGGACAAGCUGAUGCAGCAGAUCAACCUCACCGCGGCGCAGGGAAAGCGUCCGGGUACCGCCACCUCCAGGAUGAGACCCACCACGGGCAGGAGCAGGAAGGGAGUCGGAGGGAAAGGGGCGGCAGGAGCAGAGGGAGGAGGUGGCGAUGCCAGAGCCGCUCGAGGAUCCAGAAGGGCAGGAGCAGCUGGCGGAGAGGCCGCUGGAGGUGGCGCCCAUCGAAACGGCCGCAAUGGCCCCGGAAGCAGUAUGCUCAACUCUCGGGACGAUGACAGCAGCUUUGGCAGCUCCGACAGUGAACUGGAUGUGGGCGAGAUCAUGGGCAUGAGCGGGAUGAGCGGAAUGAGCGGCAUCAGCGGGCUGAGUGGCAUGAGCAAUAUUGCCCUGGGCGCCGGCGAUGAUGAUUUUGACCUCAACUCCAUCGAUGACGUUAGCAUUUUGAAGUUAACAGGCGAACUACCGCUGCGACCGAAGACGGCCAAUAAAGCGGAGCACCACAGCGACGAGGAUUUCUAGAACUAACUAACUAAUCAUUUUCUACGGAUUUUAUAAACACGGCCAAGAGGGCAUUCAGGUUGUCACAAAUAAAUAAUUAUU